AUGGGGAGCGUUCACCAGUAUGAGGAAAGCUAUAUAGUAAACGUUGAUGCCAUGGAAAGGCAAAAUGUGAGUUUUCCCAACACUUUUAUUCUGCUGGGCUUCUCAGAGUUUCCGUGGCUGGAGAUACCCAUCUCUGCAGUGGGCUUGGUCUCCUGCCUCCUAACCCUCACGGGGAACAGCUCCAUCAUUCUCCUCUCCCUGGUGGACCCCAGACUACAGACGCCCAUGUACUUCUUCCUGGACAACCUCUCUCUGCUGGACCUAUGUAUCUCCUUCACCAUUGUGCCCCAGCUGCUGGUCAACCUGUGGGGACCAGACAAGACCAUCACUGCCUGGGGCUGCUUCACACAGGUCUAUCUUUUUAACUUAACUGCCUGUGCUGAAUGUGCGAUGCUGGCCAUGAUGGCCAUUGAUCGCUAUGUGGCCAUCUGCCGGCCCCUCCAGUACACUCUCAUCAUGCAUUCCUGGGUGUGUGUGCUGAUGGCUGCUGCUUGCUGGUUCAGUGGCCUGGCCAAUUCCCUGCUACAGUCAACCUUCACCCUCCAGCUCCCCUUCUGUGGUCACCACACCCUGGACCACUUCUUCUGUGAGGUUCCUGUGCUCAUCAAACUGGCCUGUGGGGAUACCACCAUUAAUAAUUUGGUCAUGGCUUUAGGAGCCAUCCCUUUUGCACUGUUGUCCCCCAUGCUGCUGGUCAUAUCGUACACUUUCAUUGCCAGGGCUGUGCUGAAGCUACCUUCAGCUGAAGGAAGGUACAAGGCACUCAGCACCUGUACUUCCCACCUGCUUGUGGUCACCAUGUACUUUGGACCAGCCCUCUAUGUAUACCUCCAGCCUCCAGCCAAGAGUUCCCAAGCCAAGUUCAUGUCCUUCUUCUACUGUGUUGUCACCCCAGGGCUCAACCCACUCAUCUACACCCUGAGAAACAAGGAUGUAAAGAUGGCGUGGAGGAGGAUCCUGCAAUCCUAG